AUGCGCCGCGCAGUUUUCCGGGCUCCAGGUGGCUUAGUAGCUGAAGGCUGUUUGCCUGCUUUGGCCCCCGGUUUAUUUGAUAGAUCCGUGUCCGACAUGGAUGGAUUUGGUUUCAGUUUGGCCCUCUUCGGCGUGGCUUUCGUUUUCCGGGCAGGGGCGCUUCUCUGCCCCGCGACAUGCCCAGGGGGCACGACGGACCUGCAACCGACACCGUGCCGGUACCACGCUAACAAUUGUAUACUUUCCACCACGGCGAACCCCAGCCGCGCCGGUGCGCAGGACAUCAACAUCGUGGUCAUGAACCCGUACAACGGCCCAGCCGGUGAUCUCGCGACCAUCUCCGAGCCGCUGCUCAGCGCUGCGGCGCAGGAGAUCGAGGACAGCAGCUUCCUCCCGGGCUAUCGCCUGAAGAUCCACUUAGUGGAUGGCGAGUGCUCCGGGCAGAUUGCUACCCGUCGUGUGAUCGAAGCGUUCAGCGAGGGCCAACCCAAGCACGCUGUGCUGGGUGCCGCAUGCAGCGGUGCAUCAGAGGCUGUAAACGAUGCGCUUUACUACUACAAGGUGCUGCAGGUUUCCCCGUCGUCGACCUCGGUGAGCCUCAGUGAUCGCGGUCGUUUUCCUUUCUUUACCCGUAUGGCGCCCUCCUAUCGCUUCAACGUCUACGCGGUCUUCGACGUGUUGAAGAUGUUCAACUUCAAAAGAGUCGGAGUGGUUCAUGGGCCACUGAGUAUCAGCGUCCUUGCUCGGGAUUUUUUCAUGGAGCUCGUGCAGCGGGACCUGGAUGCGGGUACCUACCCCUGGACCGUUCUUCUUCGAAAGCAGGUUCAGGACCUGGAGACGGCUUCUGAAGCGGCUGACUUGGUGCAGAAGCGUGAUGCCCGCAUCAACCUGAUGGCUCUUUACGAGAACGAUGGAGUCGUUCUCCUUUGCCAAGCCUUCCGACGAGGGAUGUUUUCGCCCGACUACGUUUGGAUGCUCUCAUCCGGCUGGUGGAAUCAGAAUUUUGCAGUCCGCCUCGCCGAAACUGCAAGCUGUCCAUGCACAGCAGACGAGGUGAUCCAGGCAGCCUAUGGCCUCAUGGCUUUUGACAUGGGUCCCAUGAUGAACACAAACGAUGUGCACGGUCUUUCGGGAAGAACGCUGUCAAGCAUCUACUCCGGCUACCUCAACGAUUGUGCCGCCUUCGGCAACGGGAAGGGUAUCUGCUCUGUGGAGGCUGCAGGCUACACAUACGACGGACUGUGGCAUCUGGCCUCGGUGUUUCACGGCUUCCUGAUUGGCAGGAGCAGGCCCUAUAGCGAGCUGAACACCGACUUCUCUCGCGAGUCUUUGUACAACAUCUCCUUGCAGCAGGAUUAUAUGGGAGCCACCGGACGGGUCCGCAUUUUCAACGAUGUGGAGCCCACGACCAUCCCACCCUCAUACGGAGACCGAGAGGGCAACAUCCUCAUGAGGCAGAUUGUCGGAACCACGGCCCAGCCGCUGGAGCAGCUGGGCUUCUGGUCGGCUGCAGGCAUCCUGUGGCUGACGGACCUCGUUUGGAGCCGGACAAACAGCAGUCAAAUCGUUGCUUGCAGCAGUGGCACCUGCGACAUGUCCACAGCGUUCAUCCCUCGAGAUCGCAGUAGCCAGUGCCCCGCCGGGAGCACCUGGUCCAACGAGCUCGGAUGCGGGGACUGUCCGACGGGUCGCUUCGCCGCGCUUGGAAUGACGGAAUGCGAGUCCUGCGCUCUGGGAUCCUUCAGCAACGAGAGCGGCUUGGCUGCGUGCUUCCUCUGUCCAGCAGGGAACGUUGGCGAAGCUCUGGGAGCAGAAGAAUGCACCGUUUGUCAUGAAGGCUUCUUCAUGAAUGAGUCUGGCCAGUCUGCCUGCCUCAAGUGCAACGAAGGCACGUACUCUGACGAGUCUGGUCUGACCCAGUGCCGCGACUGCCCCGCCGGCCGCACCACGAAUUACCAGGGAGCGCUGGAUGCACAGGCGUGCACCUGCAACGGCGACCUCUGGGAGGGCCAAUGCAUCCGCUGCUUGGACACCACCAGGUUCGAGCUCGGCACGUGCGUCACCUGCCAAGAAGGACUUGUGUGUGAUGAGGGUAAGCAGCCGGAACUCCUUCCAGGUUACUAUACAACACCCGAGGCGCCGUUCGAUGUCUACAAAUGUCUUCCAGCGGAUAAGUGCCCUGGUAAGGCGCCAGGUGCUUGCAACGGCGGGCGUGUGGGCGUCCCCUGCACUCAGUGCCCGGAUGGCCUGUCUCUGGAAAACGGCGUUUGCUCCGCCUGCGCGAGUCUAAGUACAGCAGGUUGGGUCGUGUCGAUGCUGAUCGGCAUGGUUUGUUUGGUAGCGUGCUACUACCUUAUGAACUCGGCAGCCACCGCGAAAGCCAGCAUGAUGCUCGCCACAACUUGCGUCCUUGCGAUGACGAUCAGCAUGCUCCAAAGCGUGGGCAUUGUGGGAAUGAUCUCAUUCGAGUGGCCCAGCGAGCUUGCCUGGCUCUUUGACGCCAUGAACUUUUUCCUGCUGGAUAUUGACUCGCUUGGUUUUGACUGCGUGGCUGGCAGCCCUAUCAAUCGGUACGCCUUCAGCGUUGCCGCUUUGCCCUGCGCACUCCUUUGGCUCCUCACGGCGGCUUUGCUUAGCCGCGUCUUGCCCUUCAUCCCUCGACAUCGCCGGUUCGAGAUCCCGAAGACGAUCAGCACCAUGGGGCAGGUGGUGCAGGUGUCCUUCACCAUCGUCAGCAAGAUCGCGCUGGAGCCCAUGAUGUGCUACAGUCACCCCAACGGCAAGCACGGGCUGCUAAAGCACAAUGGCAUCUUCUGCUUCGACAGCCCGGAGCACACGACCAUGUUCUUCCUGGGAGUGAUCCUGCUCGCCGGCCUCAUCAGCUUCUAUGCCCUGGCCGUGUUUGGCACCGUGCAUGCUCCUCGGGCCGCCAAGAAGGGCCAAGCCGGUUUCCUGCAGUGCAUCCGCUUCCUCAUCGCGCGCUUCCGCGUGGACUUCUGGUGGUAUGGAACCUUGGUGCUGCCGCGUGGCCUCAUGCUUUCUCUCUCCAUUGUGCUGGCUGCUGACUACCCGUAUGUUCAGAUGCUCCUCAUUGUUUUUAUCAUCCUGACGUACAUGGUGGUGCAGCUUAUCGUGUGGCCGUGGAAGCUUCCAGCCCUCAACCUUUUCGAUGGCCUCGUCAGCGUUUGCCUCAUCAUGAUGAUGUCUACCAUGGGAGCCUUUACACCCGAGUUGCCACCGGAGCUGCGCGAAAGUCUUACGAGCGUGUCCCUUGGAAUCAUGGUGAUGCUGCAAGUGGUCGUGGUUUUCAUGGUUGGCGUCACUGUUAUGGCCAUGUUCUACCGCCAUGCGCUGGGAGGUGCCAAGGAGUCGGUGAUCCUCGCUCUUGGCAAAGUUCCCCACACGGAGAUCUUAGCGCAGAAGCUGGGGCACUUCGGAGCAUCCCUCAAGGAUCUCCCGCAUCUAGAGAUGGUGCGAGUCCUCGAGAACCUCUCCGUCUAUGACCUGCGAAUGACCAACAAUGUGAUGACAGCGGUGGGCGCUGAGAUCGGCGAUGCUUCUCUGAUGAUCGCAAGCCGCGUCUCUCUGAUGUCCCAGAGCUCGCGAAAAUCUCUGGACAGCCUGCGAAAGGAGCGAGAAGCAGAACCAGGAGUCGACUCGGAGGGGAAGCAGCCUCCGGAGCAGGCUCACGAGAUAGCGGAAACAGAGGAGAAGCCUGCCCGUCCCUGGGGUGAUGAUGCCCCGCCACAGACGACGUGGCUGUGA